CGAAACCCUAAAAAAUCUAUUAUCGCCUCUUCAGAGAAACUCGUCCACCAUGGUGAAUGUUCCUAAAACAAAGAAGACUUACUGCAAGUCAAAGGAGUGCAAGAAGCACACCUUACAUAAAGUAACACAAUACAAGAAGGGCAAAGAUAGUUUGGCUGCACAAGGAAAACGUCGUUAUGAUAGAAAACAGUCUGGUUAUGGUGGUCAGACAAAGCCUGUCUUUCACAAAAAGGCUAAAACCACCAAGAAAAUUGUCCUAAGGCUUCAAUGUCAAGGUUGCAAGCAUGUCUCACAACACCCGAUUAAGAGAUGCAAACAUUUUGAGAUUGGUGGUGACAAAAAGGGCAAGGGAACUUCCCUAUUUUAAGCAGUUUUGAUUGCAAGGGGUGUUUGGGAUUGGUUGUUUAAGUUGCUAGUUUCAUUGUUAAUGCUCAAUUCCAACACUCUCAAAAUUGGAAGUGAGGUAACACCUCUAGCCACCAUAAUUUAUUAAGGUUUUUGUUUGUUUUUUCGAAGCUAGAACACCGGUAGUCUACGGAAUACAUUUGCAACCCUCUUGUAGAGGGGGUGGAUUAAACGUUUGCAUUCAAAUUGCAAUAAAAAUGCAAUUAGAAGUCUGUUUGUUUAAACGUGUGUAGUUUAUGAAAUAAACCAAAAUUAACCAUACAAUAGCUAAUGUUCAUUCUAAAUCAAAUGUUUAUUUAGUUAUGUAAAGAUAAUUGUGAAGGC